AUGCUGCUCCCGCUCCGUGGCCUCUCCGGCCGCCUUCGCCGGUCCCUCUCCACCGGCGCCUCGCGCCUUCCCUGGGCGUUGAUUUACCGGAUCUCGACGGCGGACGAAUCCGCGCGAGCCGUUUCCCUCUCGCUCGCCGCGCCCCCGCUCGCCUCGCGCGUCUCCAUCCCCAAGAAGGCCUUCGGUCUGGACCCCAUUCCGGCCAGCGCCGACAGCAAAUUUGUCAACGUCUUCGGCAGCGGCGUCCUCGCCGCGAGCAGCGACGGCUUCCUCCUGCUCAGUACUUUCAAGAACCGCGCCAGGGCCUGGAGCAUGUUCGUGCACCAGGUGCCGAACGCCGCCCCUUUCGAGGUCCUCGACCAUGUGUACGCGCGCUCCUCCUGCGACCCGAUGAGCGUAUCGCGUUUCGUCUGCAACCCGAUCACCGGUCAGCUCUUCCGCCUCCCGGACAUCGACGGCGCAGAGAACACCUACACCGCCGCCACGGGUCUCCUCACCGAAGCCGACGGCGGCCACGGACCGCCCAGGAAGUACGCCGCCGCUCAGCUCAGCGUGGUCGACGGCGGGCAUCAAUUCCUGUUGCGCCGGUUCUCCUCGGACACAGGGGAGUGGGAGGAGCUGGUGCUGCCGUCUCCGCUGCCGCCGGAGCGCCGGAUGUACAUGAAUCACGAGGUACUGGACUUCGGCGGCCGGCUCUGGUGGGUGGACGUGAGCUGGGGCGCGGUCUGCGUCGACCCGUUCAGCGACCGGCCUGAGCUCUGCCCGGUCGAGUUUCCGGGAGGCAUCAAGCUUCCUGACCAACAGGGAGAGACAGAGAUGGGGCAGCUUGUCAAGCACCGGCGCAUGGGGGUCAGCGACGGCAGGCUGCGGUUUGUUGAGGUCUCUAAGGAGCAGCCGUUCCGCAUCAAAUCGUUCACACUGGACGACGAGAGUGGCUGCUGGAAGCUGGAGCACCAGCUGUCCUUUUCCACUCUCAUUUCUGAUGAAGGACGCCGCCUGAAGGAGGCCCCUUUGAUUGGUGCUCUUGAUCCACUCAGCACCGACUUACUCUACCUCACUGCGCCGGACGUGGGCAAAGGAUUUUGUUUUAGCAUAGACAUGCGCUGGAAGAGACCGAUUACAUCUUCUGCGUUAGGUGGUGGCGUUCAUCCAAGCAAAUGCGAGUCAAGCUUCCUUCUGCCAUGUGUGCUCCCCUCAUUUCUCGGAUCAAGCACCAUUCCAGGUGAUUGCAGUGACACAUCUCUUAUAAGAGCAUGA